AUGGAAAGCAAUAGCAGCAGCAGCAGUAACAGUAAAAGGGUGAGGACAAGGAUUGAGGUCUCCGCUGCUAACAGCAAUUUUGACAAUGGACUCGAAGUUUUGUUGUCCAAUGUCAGUGAAGACCUAUUGUCGGAGAUCCUUCUUAGACUCCCGAAUUGUCGAUCUGCUAUUCAGUUGAACUCUGUUUGUCGGCGUUGGCAUUCAUUGAUCUCUCAACCCCAAUUCAUCCCUAGGUUCAUCCGCCUCCAUCAAGAUCUAGAUCAAUCCUACACCAUUCUUUUCCGCAUGAAUUAUCGUUCUUUUCGUGACACCCCAGAAUAUUAUCAAUUGGUUUGCACUAUUUUCUCGGAGGAAUCUUUGAUUAUCCACGGAAAGCAUGCAUCAUCUUCGUCUAACUACCUCGACUUCAUGCCUUCACUCAUGGUCGUAAGAGCAUCGUGCAAUGACUUGUUGCUCGUGUCCCCCGAUACGUAUUAUUUUGAUCCCCGUUUUCGCCAGCACCAUCAGAGGUACUACAUUUGUAACCCGGUGACUAAAAAGUGGUUUCUCAUUCCUAGAGAAACCCCUCUUGGAACAAGGGCAGGGUUUGCAUUAAUAUGCAAUAAGAACUCUUACAAGGUGGUACUUCUCGACAAGUUUAUUAUGCGUGAUGCAAAAGGAAAAGAGUAUGUUGAUGCAUAUAGACAAACAGUGUCGGUGUUUUGCUCCGAGUCAGGGCAAUGGACCAAAUCUUUCUUCUUGUUUCCUACUCGCCCAACAAGGGACUAUACCAUUAUGACCAAUCUUGUUUCGUGCAAUGGGAUUCUGUACUGGAUGGACGGUUUAUAUAACCUCGACCGAAUUAUUUCUUUAGAUCUGGCCAAUAAUCGGUUUGCCAUCAUCUACUUCCCAGACAUUGUGCGUGACAACACCACCCGGGACACGCCCGACUCGAGGGUCCACAUUGGUGUUGUGAGGGAUGAGUUGAGGUUGUUGCAUGUUUUGAGGGCUGCGCCGGGCCCGAAAUGCUUCGUUGUGAGGGUUUGGGAAUUGGACCGUAGGGACGACACGUGGGCAUUGGUUGGCGAGAGGGACUUGAGCUUUCCGGAUGUCGUCACUGCUGAUGGUGACCGGGAUACUGUGGUGGCGGCCGUUUUUCAUCCGAAAAAUUGUUAUUCGAUUUUUGUCAUAUGUGGAAAGAGCGUUUAUGAGUGUGGGGUUUCGAAUGACACGUGUCGCAGGCUCGGCGAGCUUCCGGAAUCCGUAGGCGACGAGGGUCUCGCGUCCUUUGCUCUCUUGCAUCCACCUUGGCCGGCCCCAAUUCCAUUUGGGGUUUAG